AACAGACUGAAAGACAGAUAAAACACAUGGACGAGUAUUAACUCAGAGGAAAGAUAUUUACAGACAAACAGGAGCUUCAUCAUGGCAGCAGCCGGCAUCUCUCGCUCUGGAUCGGCAGCUCCCAGUCUGGCCUUCGAGGAUUAUUCCCUCUACAGCAACUUGAGCGAUGACGAGCUGAUGCAACUCGCUAUCGAGCGCAGUCUGACCGACACCCACUGCAACACCAGCAACGCCAACGCCGCCGCUGCCGCCACCACACCUCAUCACAGACCUGACAGCAAUAACCUGCGCCCUGCAGCCAGAAACACCAACCAACCCAGCCCCAGCUCCCAAAACCCACCUCCAACCCAGACCUCUGCACACUACAGUUCUCCAAAUCCUCCGAGUGAAAAACCUCCCGAUCCGAAGACCUUUGAUGGAACAGUCAGUCGCUUCGUAACGGGUUCUGGGAAGAAGAUGAUGGUGUAUCGCAGAGCUGACGGGAGUAUGGUCCACAUGGUUCCAGAACCUGAAGAGGAGGAGGAGCCUCUGUUCAGUGCGAUCCAUGUUGGUGAUGUGAGCAGAGUGAGAGCAUUGGCGACGCGUCCAGGAACGAACCUGAUGCUCCCGAGUAAACCAGGAUGGCUCGCCAUUCACCAGGCAGCGUGGUCCGGCCAGGACACCUGUCUGAGAGUACUGCUGUCAGCUCAGCCAGGGAUGAUCAACAAGCGAACUGAGCGCGGCGAGUCGGCGCUGCUGGUCGCAGUCAGCAAAGACCAUCUGCGAUGUGUCGAGGUGCUGCUGGAAAACGGAGCCGAUCCCAAUAUCCCAAACUACGACCGAGAGACUCCGCUCUACAAAGCCUGCGAGAGGAACAGUGCUGCGAUGGUGGCAACAUUACUGAACCACGGCGUGGCAGUGAACACUCACUGUAUUCAGGGUUGGACUGCCCUACAGGAAGCCGUGUGUCGAAACAACAUAGAGAUCUGUGAAAUGCUGCUGAAGGCCGGAGCCAAACACAACCUCAGCAACAUGUACGGCAUCUCACCACUGUUUACUGCAGCUCAGAGCGGGCAGCUCGCCGCGCUGCGCUACCUCCUCAGACAUGGUGCAGACAUUAACACUCAGGCUGCUGAUGGAGCUACUGCUCUGUAUGAAGCUGCUAAAAAUGGACACGAACAAGUUGUGGAGCUCCUCCUGUCUCAGAAUGCUGAUGCCAACAAACCUGGAAAGACUGGAUUAUUGCCUCUUCACAUCGCCGCCCAGAGAGGAAGUGAAACCAUUGUCUCCAUGUUGAUCCCCGCCACUAGUAAGGCCAGAGUCCGGCGGACUGGCAUCAGUCCGCUCCACCUCGCUGCUGAGCGUAACCGUAACGACGUCCUGGAGACUCUAAUUGAAGCGGGCUUCGAUGUCAAUGCUCCGCUGUCUGAAGAACGUUCGAAGAUGUACGAGGACCGCCGCAGCACGGUGCUGUAUUUCUCCGUCAUCAACAACAACAUCGACGCUGUGCGCGUGUUGCUGGCAGCUGGCGCCAACCCGAACCUGGACAUGUUCAGGCCGCUGAUGGUGGCAGCGAGACUGGGCUGCAUCCAGACCGUCACCCUGCUGGUGGAGCACGGGGCAGACAUCAAUGCCUGCAUCCCCACACACCCCACCACCUUCCCUGCUGUCUACAUGUUCUCCAUGAAGUACCUGCCCAUGUUCAAGUACCUGCUGGACCACGGGGGCCAUGCCCUCUCGUGCUUCGACUGCGUCUAUGGCAGCCAACCUCAUCCACCAAUCAAAACCACCAGAUCAGAAAGGGAUCACCUAAGCUACACUGACAGUGUCCUGCCAGAGACGCAGCAAACGAGAGGUGUUCAGUUCUGUGAGAUGAUCUCAGCCCCAAAUAUCUGUCGGUGGGCGGGGCCGAUCAUUGAUGUGCUGUUGGACUACGUUGGUCAUGUGCAUCUGUGCUCCAGACUGAUGGAACACCUGAACAGCUUCCACGACUGGAGCAUCAUCAAGGACAAAGCAGCACCUCCUCGGCCUCUGCUGCAGCUCUGCAGGCUGCAGAUUCUGCAGCUGGUCGGACAUCGACAGCUGAAGAAGUUACCGCUGCCUGGAGGUUUGAUCCGCUUCUUGAAACAUCAGGAGGGACCUGUGAAUGACUGCUGAGCACAAACGGACAACCAGUUUAACCAGUU